GUGCCCCCGCUUCUCUGAUUCACAUCAACAGCAUCGUUGGAGAUCCACUGGUCCGACAACACAUGGAUCCCCAGUGAGAAGAGCGAGCACUCCGGCCAGGGGGUGUACAAGGUGCGUGAGGUGUGAUGGCGCUGUGCUCCGAGGCCUGUGUGUCUGGCUCAGGAGGGGAAUCUUCCAGCAGUGAGGCGGGUUCUAGCUGUCUUCAGUUUGGGGUUCGUUCCUACCUGCACCACUUUUAUGAGGAGUGUUCGUCCUCUAUGUGGGACAGAGACCUGGAGGAUCAGGGGUUCGUCCAGAGCCAGAGGUCAACCCUGUGGUGGAACUCAGCAGUCUGGAAGGUGUCCUUGGCCCUGGGUCUCCUGAUCCUGACUGCAGGUAUAGCCAGUCUGUCAGUCGGUUACACCACUCCCCAUAAAAUCGAGUCAUUCGGAGAGGGAGACCUGUUCUUUGUGGAUACCCAGGCCAUCAGCUUCAACAAGGGGUUGCACCUCAGCACCGCGGCCGGGAUCGGGCUCUCCUGUCUGGGCUCAGCCCUGGCAGCGAUGGGGGUUGUCAUUUGGAUCCUCCCAAGGGCCAACUUGAAAGAGAGGCUCUUCCAGAGACCGGGUAAAGGGGAACAGAGAGGAGAGUUGGUGGGGUCAAAGUGGAGGGGAUUUAGGCAUGCAGAAGAUGUGGUCACCAAGCCACCAGGUACAGAGGAGGGGAAGAUACCCAUCACACUGUCAAAAGUGGAAAAUGUGCAGCCCACUUCUUAAAAAGACCCCUGCUGAGCUACGGGGUGUUCAGGCUUUUGUUCUAGUCCAGGGGCCUCAUUUACAAGGUCUUACAUUAAAUUUGAUCUGUACAGAAGCAAGUGUUAUUUUAGCGUGCAGAUUGUUCAUACUGUAUGGAUGUUGUUUGUGACCUGGAUAUUGCAGUUGCACAAUGCUUAGUUAUGCUACUUUGCAGUAAACAAACAUAUACACUCUGGGAUUUUAGAAAUCAGGCAUUAUAGUCACAACUUGAUCUUGAUUUUUAAGAAUAAAUCCAAACUAAAUUUUAUAGAUGAGGCCGUGAGACUUCCACCAGAGCCUUUGUGGCUCUUAAAAAACACCUUGUACUGCAGCAUAGGGACAUAGUCAUUGUGCAGAGCACUUGUGUUAUAUUUUUAAAAAAUACAAUGUAUAAUGUCCAACCAGAUACUCAAGGAGAGCAGAAUACUAAUGACUGAUGGUAGGAAAUUAUAUGUUUUUAUCUCCCACUUUAUAGUGUUUGUUCUAUUUUUUGCUCAAUAUAUUUUUUAUCAAUGUUUUUUUUUAUUUAAAUAGCAACGGUAUCAGCUUUCCAAGGAGCUAGAUAAGGUAGUGAUAUUGCAUGAAUUAAAUGGAAAACCUACACCCACAGUCAUAAAAAAGAUCCAUGGACAUUCAGAAAGGUGCUCACAUGUAGAAGAGGUUAAAGUGAAAAAAAAAAUCAUAAACAAGUCUGUAUCUACAUUUUCACAUAUCUCUACUAACACUCAGCCCAUUGAACACAUGCACAGCCACAUGCACUCGCACUCACCCGCUCACCCACUCGCCCACACAAAUCCGUGCUCCAUUGACAAUAUCACCUAUUUUCUCCCCACUGUAAUCUGGCUUCGUAAUUGCCUGCAAUCUGUGUCUCCAGGCAACAGUUGGCCUUCAAGUGCUCUAUUUUCAACUCCGAACAAAGACUCUUUUCUGAUUGGUCCAUUACUUCCCCUUCUUGAUUUUCACACCAAUCAGAUUAUGUUUACAGGUACACACAGUAGUAGCGAGUAAGUGGUGAAGCACUGAGGUGAAAGGAAUUUGCGCUGGCACCUUAGAGGCCACCUGUUUGAUUGGGUCCUCCAGUUUAGUUAAAUUAGUUUGAAAAAGAGAGAGUACAAAAAAAACAGAAUAAACAUGAUGUCCUGACUGGUUUCCUUCACUGAUUCCACUGGAUGUUAUUAUUGAUGUUUCAUUGUUUUAUUGUAUUAUUGGCUAUUAUGAAGAUAGUGGAAUAUAACGAGGGUCAAGUGUCUCAAAGUCAAAGCAAAUGACCAAAAUAAACUUGUG